GGUGACAUUUAAAACAAGCGUACAUUUUGCUCUCUGAAAGACCGGAACGUGAUAGAAGCCAAAAAUAUUAUUAACUUGCACAUACAUCGUUGCCUUUUCCUCAUCUUCCGAUAUCGAUGAGCUUGUAUUCCAGUGAAAAUUGUAGCAGGCACCGGGAGGACCCUUAGCGGAGAUGGCUAAAAUAAAAUCCAAGAUGAAGAAGCGACAAGAUGACUUUCACAAAGUGAAAUUAAAAGUGGGAAAGAAAAAGCCGAGAGCGGACAAUGCCACCAACACAAACUUUCGCACAAAGGGAAUAUAUCUGCCUGAACAGCUGAAGACAGACACAAGUGGUCCUACCACAAACAGGCAGCUCGGCAUCAAUGACCUGUUGUCUCAGCUCCACCAUUACAAUGCCAACGUGAAACACAGUGCCUUGCUAGGCUUGAGGGAGCUUCUGUCAACGAAUCCUUCUCUGUUAGAGCAGCAUAUGUCACGUUUGCUAUCUGAGGUGGCUGCUGUGUUCACAGACAAAGAUGCCAAUGUUCGAAUGGCAGCCACACGUGUGCUCAGGUAUAUUGCCCAAUCUGUACCGGCGGAACGAGUGGCUCCGUUUUUCCCCCUCCUCAGUGCCCACCUGUGUUGCGCCAUGACUCACAUUGAGUUGAGCAUCCAAGAAGACGCUAUGAAGGUCCUGGAUGUGCUGUUGGAGCACUACCCGGCCCUGCUCGCCGAACGGCCCGCGGUGCUCAUCACCAACUUCUUGGAGUUGAUAUCUCACAGACAGAGUCAUGGAGGAGCUAAAAAGGAAAAGGAGGCCAAGGGAUGCACUUGGGCGCUUUCCGUCAACCCCAACAGGACCGUUACCAGCCAGCAGUGGCGUCUCUCUGUGCUUCUCAGACUCGGGCGCUUCCUUCAAGCAGUAGUUGAGGAAAGACCAGUGGAGGAAGGUGACAUGUCGGCUCCAUCUGAGGGAGCGUUUAGUUCUUGCAGCGGGAGCAGGAUCACGCCCCUGAACGUCACCUGGGAAGAGCUCAUCAACAGCAAAAUCGGUGUCAAGGUGUACGAACACUCUGGGAGCCAACCGAGUCCGCACUCCACAUUUAAACUCGGACCAGAUUCAGCUCAUCCAGGCGAAGCACGUGAAGGUUUGGACUCGGUGGAGGCCGUGCAGAUCUUUGCAGCGACCCUGGUGCCCCUUUUGCUGGAAGUGUGGGUGGAAGCCAACACCGGGGAUUCUCCCACGAAUCACUCAGACAGCAGUCACCUGUUGAGCCCGGACGCCAUGUCCACAAUGUUCCAGGUCUUGUUUAUUCUUCAACUGCUUCGAAAACUGGCGCCACGGCAAGAGCAUCAAGAUACGCUGGAUUCAUGGUUCCGCAAAGAAUACUUAGGAGAAUUUAAGCAGCACUUUAUGAAGAACUUUCCAUACGGGCUUCAUGACGCACCCAAACAAAGAAAGAAAGUUAAUAAUAAGAGGGUGAAGCAGACUCCAUCGACCCCCGACGUGAGCGUGGAUCCUCUGGCGCUUAACAUCACACUUUGCCAGGUGAUGGUGUCACUGAGUCAAAGGCAAGAAGUCGGCCGAGAGGCCGACGGAGACUGGCUGACCCCCUUGAGGACUUUUGUGCGAGACACGCUCGGCGGCGAAGUGAAGCUAAGCUAUCGGCAACUGCACAUGCUGCUCGGGACUGUCUGGAAGAUGGUGCUCACCCAAAAAAGCAAAACAGUGACAGAAGACCUGUUGGCCGCAGUGUACUCGUACUACCAGCAGAGGUACCUGACCCUACAGACCAGAUCUCUUCUGCUGUCUUUCUACAGCAAGAUCUACCUGCAGGAACAGGAACAGUCGCAUUUAACAAGGAGUAAAGUGCUGAGUCGGUGGCUGGCGUACCUUCCUGUGCAGUUGUCCCAGCUGGGCUACCGUAACCCCGCUCUGUCGGCGUUGCUCAUCCAGUCCAUCCAGGCUGCUGCUUCCCGAGGCAACAAAGACCUGCUCAGCAGUCUACAGACGCAGGCCUGCAAGCUUUACGAUCCGCAGGAAGGUGCUGUGGUUCUUCUACCGUCAGAGUGCCAGCAACAAAUGGUGCAGCUGCUCUACUUCCUUCCCAACAUGUCCCGAGCUCUCCUGGCCAAUCUAAGCUUCUGCUGUAGCACCGGACGAAUCUCCGCUAGCCUCGCCGCUUCUCUCAUUCGGAUCAUCCACAUGAGGUCAUCUCUGAGUGGAUGGUCAGUCGGGAACCAGGAUGCCGCCGUACAGGACGUGGACUACAUCAGCUUCCUGUUCUCCACCCUGACCGGCUUCUCAUGCGAGCAGCUCGCCUCCCUGCAGGAGGCCGGCGACACCAGAGCACCGCCCCUGUCGCCUCUGUCGCCCCUAAAGCUUCACCGCACCCCGCUGGACCACUUCACACACCACUGGGAUGUCGCGGAGGAAGUGUGCCAACGUCUGGAAACUCUAGGUUCAAACGCUCAGUGCUUUGAGAUCUUACAAAAUGGAAUCUUUGAAUACAUGACCAAGCUGAGAGUCGUGCCUGACAGCAUGGCGGCAGGCCUUCUCCAAGCAGUUUCCAGGCUAAUGGACCUGUCCCUCCUCCCCAUUGAACCCGUGCUACGCUUGUUGUCCCGCUGCUGCCUCAGCCUCCUGACCCUGCUCGUCACUCAGCCGCAGCAGGAGGCGGAACGCGACCAGCAUAAAAGGGAGGCCAUUUGGGGCGUGUGCGCGGCGUCGCUGAGCACCGUGCCCCGCUUGCUGAGGAUGGUUUUGCAGCUGCGCGUGGCCGAUCUGAGCCAGGAGGAGUUGCCCCAGCUGGGACAGAUUUUGUCCAUGCUGAUGCAGCACACUCCGCUGCAAAACCAGCUCAUGGCCAAUACCAGUCUGCUGCAAGAGAUCAUCCAACAACUCACUAGGUACUCCCGCGGGGCCACAAGGGAACAGUGGCUGAGCGACCUGCUCUACUGUUACAGCGUCACCGUGGCCCACGGCUCGUCUGCUCAACGUGGAAACCUUCGAAACGUCUACUGAUGGACUUCUCAGCAACCCCCCCCCCCUUUUUUUUUUUGAAGAGAUUCGCCAUGCUUUGACCUGCAGCCGGGCUCGGCGGAAAUACUGUUUGUUGCAAACUGUGACGUGUUCUUUUUAAAGUAAAUAAAUAAAACAUUUACAUGCAUUUA